CUCUUCUUCUACUCUCUUUCACUCUUCACACUUGUUUAGAUAUUCUAAAGAUUUUUUAAGCUUGAUUUUGUAAGAUAAUGGACCAAAGCAAUGCUCUUCUUACCUGGACUUACUUCUCUCACGUAAAGACAACGGAAGAGCUAAGACAGACACUUGUCUAUACGGCAAUGGAGCUAGAACAAACGAAGCUAGUGGCUCAAGAGGAACUAAGGAAGAGAGAUGAACAGUUGAUUCAUCUUGAAGAUGUUCUAACCAAAACCGUCAAAGAAAGAGACGAAGCGCUCGAGAAAUGUCAUAAUCUUCUCUUCGACAAUCUCUUGCUUCAACAGAAACAGAACCAGAAUCAUAUCACUCCUCCUUUAUCAGGAGCUUCAAGCAUUGAAGACGAGCAACUUCAACCUCAGCAGCAGAAGAAUCUUAACUCAAACAAGAGCUUCUCGUCUUCAGACACUGAAGAGAGCAUCAUGUCACCAACAGUGAUUGAUCCUGUGACGAAUAUGAACCAAGCAUCUCAUGUUGAGAUAAUGGCUACAUUGUUGCUUGAAAAGCCAUUGCCUGAAAAGGGAAAUCUCUUACAAGCUGUUCUCAAGGCUGGUCCUUUGCUUCAGACACUACUUUUAGCCGGUCCUCUGCCUCAAUGGCGCCACCCUCCGCCUCCACUCGAGACCUCUGAGAUCCCUCCGGUCACCAUCCCAUCGCCGCAGUUUCAGAGUCCGAUUGUUAACAAUGGCUGUGGGAAUUCAAACAAGAAAAGAGCAUUCUCAAUCUCAGAUGGGUCUUUUUCAGAAACCAAGUAUCAGAAAGUUUAACAAGAAAUCAAGCACUGGUCUUUUAUCCUCCUUACUCAACAAAGUUACUAAUAGUGUUCUAAUAUACCAUAUACAGAUCACUUGGGGUUCUAGUGAGAGUGAUCUUUUUAGUCAGUUUUAUGUAGAUAAGAGCUUGAUUUCCCUUUUUUUUUCCUCUGAAUUUGUGGAGUGAAUCUGAUCCAUUUAGGGUUUAGAUCUAGAGUGUUAAUGGGAAUGAAACUCCCCUGGUUUACCAAGUGAGAGAGUUUUGCUAUUUGCUUUUCUUUUUUUUUGCUUAAUGAUUUUUGUUUCCUAAACCCAUUUUCACAUCCA